AUGCCUCUUUUUCAAUGUCGCGAACAAUACGAACGUAUUCAAAAAGUAUUUACAAGUACGGAUAGAGGUAAGCAAUUAACAAAUAUUAUUGAAGAAUGUAAUUAUUCCCAAAAAUUAUCUUAUGCUUUCCUAUGUUGGUUUAUUGGAUAUUAUUCUCGUUUUACUGAGCCACAUGUAGCUAAAGACAGUGAGUUUAUUCGAACUAUUGAACGUGAGUUUAGUAGUGAUCUAAUUAAAUCAUUCACAUCAUUGGGUCA